UAAAGAAAAAGAAAAACAAAAGAAAAUAGAAGAAAAAAGAAAGAAAGCAGAAAACAAGUGGCAAGAAAAGGCAAGAGAAAGAGAGGCUGUGCUCACAAGUGGAACAAUACCUUGCAGUGAAGUAAGGUUUUCUUAAAAGCCUAUAAAAUAUGCAAUAGCCACUCCAUUCAAGUCACUCUCACAACACGCCCAACACCAAAAGAAACAGGGAGGACUGAACGCAAAACAGAGAGGAGAGCACGGAAGAAACGAGAGCAAGGCAAAGGUGGGAUGCACGCCAACCGUUCGAGAAAUCGACACCGGUGUUGUUAUUUCAUCUCUUUUCUUCUCAUUUGUGUAAAGCUACCAUGGUAAUGAGUAGCUAAAGACACUUUUGUUGGGAUUAGGUGUAAAUUACUCUAUUAGUAUGUGUUUCUAUUGAUCAUGGUUUUAUAUAUGGUUUUAGUUGUCUCUCAAUAUUGAUGUUAUUUUUGUUUACAUUGUUUUAAUCUUUGAUUUGAAUUGUUAUAGACAUAUGCCUUUUGAAUCUAAGAACUAGGAUAAUAUCUAUUGAUGAACUCUAAAUUCUAGACAUAGAUUUAGGUUUAAUAUUCACUUAGAGUAUCGAAUCUUAAUGCUAUUGUAUUGAUUGACGAUCCGAGACAUUGGAGGUUAAUAGAUGCAAUAGAUAUAUCGGCGUUAUCUGGACACGGAAACGUUCGACGAGCGAUACAUGAUAAUAUUGAUAGAUGACUAGAACCUGUGUAACUGAUUAGGGGAAUAUGUAUGAAUGAGUGAUUGAAAUCUAAUCCCAGCAAUUUAAUCUCUCUGUCAAAUUAAUCAUCUUUACUGCUUUCAUGUAUUCGCAACUUUCGUAAUCAACCAUCUUUGAAAUCCUUUACUUGAAAUUAUAUUAAUUAACGGCAUCGAUAUCGCAUCAGUCCCUGUGGAGACGAUAAAAACAUACUUACUUUUGUACUUUCAACAAAAUGGCGCCGUUGCCGGGGACUGGCGUUUAGAUAUUGGAGCAUUGCAACAAUUUAUAUUCUUUUAAGUGUAUUUGUACAUAUUUGUUUAUAUUGUAUAUAAUCUGUGUUUUUUAUCCUAACCCCUCUUUGCUAGACAAAGUAGUUCUUCUUGUUAGCUAUUUGUGUUUCAGAUUCUCCAAAGUGACAUAAAAACCAUGACUGACCAUGGUUAUAACAACAACAAAGGUGGUGGCGUAAUGCCUUGUCACAACAGUCCAAGACGGCUAGCCCACAUUGUCGGACCUCUGAAAAAUACCAGACAAAUAGAGAUAAAACCUGGGCUCCUUCAAAUCUUAUAUACUAACCCUUUUGCAGGUUUAGACCAUGAGGAUCCAUAUAAUCAUCUUGUCAAGUUUUAUGAGAUUGCUGAUACGCUCGGAGCAACUGAAGCAGAAGAAGAAAAUGUGUUCAUGAGAAUGUUUCCUCAUUCACUGACCGGGAAAGCAAAAGAUUGGUACUUGGACCAACCGGCUCAGAUUAUGACCGACUGGAACGCACUCGAGGAGAAAUUUCUCAACAGGUUCUUUCCACACAAUAAGUUCAUGGAAGCCAAUAUCGCUAUUGUUGUAUUCUCACAAGGGUCCAAUGAAACACUUUGCGAAGCUUGGGAACGGUACAAGUCUAUGUUGAGAAGAUGUCAUAACCAUGAUUUUGAUGAUCUUACUCAAAUUCAUUUCUUCCGAAACGGACUUCAACAUCAGCCAAAACUUUUCUUAGAUGUAGCUGCAGGUGGUUCUUUAAUGUCAAAGAGUGCUGAAGACGCAAUAUCUAUCAUUGAGAAGAUGGCACUCAGUGAUCAUCAAGGUGAAUACAACCGGAAUCCUUCGCAAAGAAAAGCAGGAAUCAUUGAACUCGGUGCAACAGAUGCAAUGUUAGCUCAGAAUAAACUAUUGGCUCAAGUGGUAAAAGAGCUUACAAAGCAAUUGUCAAAACUUUCACAACAUAUAAUGAAGAUGCAAGAACUGCCGAGUAAACACAAACAGGUUGCUUAUUGUGAGCUUUGCAAUGGAGACCAUCCCACCGGUUAUUGUCCCUCAUCGAAUGAAGAAGUUUACUAUAUGGGAAAUCAACAAAGACAAUGGCAAUAUCAAGGCAACACUGCUUAUCAAAGAGGAAACAAUCCAAAUUAUGGCCAGGGGUGGAGACAAGAUGCAGGACCAUACAGCGAGAAUCCUCCUCAACAAAAUCAGAAUUCAAAGUUGGAGGAAAACCUGAACAAAUUUAUGGAGAUGACUAUUUCCCAUCAGCAGGAGCAGCAUCAACAUCAUCUAAACAACGUUGCUCACCAGAAAAACACCAUUGCAGCAAUAAAGAAUAUUGAAAAUCAGCUUGGCCAGAUAGCUAAGCAGAUGGCCAAUACACAAGGAAAAACGUUUACUGCCAACACUGAAACUAACCCGAAGGAACACUGCAAAUCCAUUUCAAGUAGGAGCAAUAAAGUGAUUGGUGACAAUUUAGAAACUGAGAAAGAAGAUGUUGUUGAGUUGAAAGAAAAACCAGAGGGGGAGAAAGAAGUAAGUGAGAAGAAAAUAGAAGAAAAGAAUAAAGAGGGCGAAUUAGUUGAAAAUGAAAAAAGUGAGAAAGAAGAAAAUGGAGAGGUGUUUGAAAACAAUGUGGAAAAAUCAUUUAGUGAGGAAGGAACUAGUAUGAAUAGUCCUUAUAAAACAAAACUUUCUGACCCACCUGCUCCUACCAAGAAAAUAGUCAUUGAGGAGAAAGUCAUUGAAGAAAAUGAAAAAUUAGAGAAAGUUGUUGUUGAGGUGAAAGAUCAAGAUGAGGGAGAAGAAAAAGUGAAAUUAGUUGAAAAACAAGAAGAAAAUAACCAAGAGAGGGUUAAAGUUAACAAGGCCGAAAUUGAUGAAGUCAUAGAAUCCAUUUGUGCCUUGUUCAAUAAAAAUCAGCUGGGGAGAGAAUGGACUCCGCAUCAUCCAUAUCAGAAGUUCAUGGAAGUUCUCCCUAUUCAACGGAAGCAAAAGAAUGAUGUGGUUUCCGUUUCAUUUUGGCCACCCUAACAUAUCAGGCGUCAAGCUAAUGACGUUAAAGAAGCGCUUGUUGGGAGGCAGCCCAAUUUUCUAUCUUUCCUAUUUAAUUUUUGCAAUUUAUCAACUUAGUAUACUUAGACAUGUUUUGAAAGGUUUUAAUUGAGCCAAAAUUGAACCAUCGUGACUAUUUUGUGUUCAAUAUCAUACAAGUUCAAGUUGUGCUGCUGUGGUUAGUGAAAACAUGUUUUUAAAGAUCAAAUAUCUAGCUUGUGUACUCAUGUGUUAAUCCUUUUUGAGUUUUAUGUAACCACACUUAACUUUUGUAUGUCAUCUCUAAAGCUCAACAUGGAGUUAGGAACAUGGUGUGGAAGAAUUAUAAUUGUUUGUUAUUCCUGUGGAUAUAAACAUGCUGUGCCUGUGAAGCUUAAGAUCAAGUUUAGUGCUGCUAUGUUCACUAUGCAGCAAGGUGCAACUAUUUCUUUUGUCUGGUCUACACCUGAGGUCUUUGCUGCAUUUGUUAAAUGGCCUGGGGUCAGUCCAUAUUUACCGGAGGAGGCAGCUCAUCAAAAUGAUAUUGAAGUUGGAGAUAAUAAUGCGCAAGAUGGAGGAGAGCAUGGAGCUUAAAGCACGCCAAUCCUAGUGAACUUUUACCGUUUUUAUUUUUUUAAUCCAGUCAUUUAUUUUCAGUAGAAUAGAUAGGUUAUUUUGAAUGUUUUAUGGUCAUUUUGUGAACAAUGUGGAACCUGUGUUUCCUUGUGAUGUGGUACUUUGUUUUUUUUUUUUUAUUUUGUUGAAUUAAAUGGCAUUUGGUAAUUUAUAUUAUAUUAGUUAGUAGUUAGUAUUGUGAAUAUUGUGAAUACUUUUUGAAAACAAGCUCACAUUCUUUUGAAAGUCCGAAAGACAGGUUUGUGGUAAAUCAAUGAUCAAGCAUGAUAACUUUGAUUUGUAGAACUUUAUGUCAACUUUUGAUUAAUGCUAGAAAUAUGCUUAGGAACUCAACAUGUUUUUGAAUUGUGUUGCUUGUCCUAAGAUGAUUCUCAUUAUUUUUGUUGAACAUGCUUGAAGCUUGUGUUAUCCAAUCUAUCCGGGUGAGAAUGUGUGAACUUUCCAUUGUUUACAUAAAUAUUUGAGAGCCGGCAAUUGUGUGUGCUCAUUUGAUUUUAACUUAAUCUUGCCGUCACUGAUGUGUUUGAUGUUGUGGAUAUGAUCAAGGCCCUGUUUCUUUUUGAGUGAUAACUAAUUGGCCAAAUUUAACCUACCUUGUGAGAUAGUGAUCUUUUGUGUCCCCUGUUGAGCCUUAAAUUUUGAAAAUUGUUUGUUUUAUAAACCCUGAAACCGAAAGAAUGGAAAAACAACUACUCUACCCUUGCCUUAGGAUAUGAGAGUAAUUGUAUUUCAAGUAAGGGUUAUGUCAAGAUUCAAGUUGGGGAGAAGUAGGUUGAAAGAUAAAUAAAUAAAUUGGUUUGAAAAAGUAGUUGAAUUGGUGAAUGAAAAUGGAAAGAAGAAAAAAUGUUGUAAAAUAGUUGUUGAAAAAGAGUUUGUACGACACAAUAAAAAUUCAAAAGAAAUGAGAAAAGAAAAUAAGUUUUGUGAAGAAGUGUCGAAACAAAAGAAUCACCACAAAAGAAAAAGGGGAAAGUGAAAAGGAGUAAAUAAAUUAUGAGUUGAAAGUAUUUCAAAGUUUUGUGCUCUCUUAUCCUCGAGGCUUUUUGAAUCCAUAGAAAAACAAUGAAUUUUUGUAGCCCAGCCCCGUUACAAGCUUUAUGAAGUCCUUAGUGAUCCACGACCUAUAGCAUGUUUUGUGAUAUUGCUUGGAUGAAUGUUUGAAUUGAAUUGUUGCAUGCACAUUGCUUGGAUUGAGUGAAACACUUGCCCUUGAGUGAUAUAUUUGUGAGAAAUUUGUGAUAACACUUGAAUCUUAAUUGUUUGAUAAGAAUGUUGAGAAUUUUGCUUAGGCAUAGCAAUCACUUCAUGAUCAUGCAUUGUUUCUUUGAAUAUUUUGAGGAUUAGUCUUUAAUUGGCAUUGCUUUACUCAUGCUUGGAGAAGAUUUUCAAACUUUGAUUGAUUACAAACCCACUCUUGAGAUUGCAAAUUUUGAGCUUGUCUAUAUUUUGAUAUUACUUUUUGUUUGAGGACAAACAAAGUCCUAAGUUGGGGAGAGCUGAUAAGUGCCAAAAAGCAGUGAUUUUACGUAUACAUUUUAAGCACUUAUUGACUUAUUUUAUAAGUCAUUUGAAGUAAAAAUCCCAACUAUUCGUAAAUAUUAGUCUUUACUAGCAAAUUAGUAUUUUAACUAUUUUCACCUAUUUCACUUCACUUAUGUUGAUAUAUCUCAUAGUUUAUAAUAAUAGAUGCUAUAUAUUAUAGUUAUAUAUUAUUAGUUUAUAAUAAUAGAUGCUAUAUAUUACAGGUUCUUAAAGAAAAAGAAAAACAAAAGAAAAUAGAAGAAAAAAGAAAGAAAGCAGAAAACAAGUGGCAAGAAAAGGCAAGAGAAAGAGAGGCUGUGCUCACAAGUGGAACAAUACCUUGCAGUGAAGUAAGGUUUUCUUAAAAGCCUGUAAAAUAUGCAAUAGCCACUCCAUUCAAGUCACUCUCACAACACGCCCAACACCAAAAGAAACAGGGAGGACUGAACGCAAAACAGAGAGGAGAGCACGGAAGAAACGAGAGCAAGGCAAAGGUGGGAUGCACGCCAACCGUUCGAGAAAUCGACACCGGUGUUGUUAUUUCAUCUCUUUUCUUCUCAUUUGUGUAAAGCUACCAUGGUAAUGAGUAGCUAAAGACACUUUUGUUGGGAUUAGGUGUAAAUUACUCUAUUAGUAUGUGUUUCUAUUGAUCAUGGUUUUAUAUAUGGUUUUAGUUGUCUCUCAA